AUGGAGCAUCCCAGCCCUCGCCCAUUUGAUGCGAUGUUAGAAGCCACUGAUUAUUCCCCGCUCGAUUCAUGUCAAGGCAUGAUCAGCUCCCUCGAAACCCAAAUCAAAACCAUUCGCCGAGAACAGCAAGUUCAAGCCAAUGUUAUCCAACAGGCCAAUAACACUAAUCGAGAGCUGCAAUUACAACUCAAUAUGCUCCAACUUCAACUCGACGCUACACACCUUAAAUUUCUCGCUGAGGCUCAGUGCCCCAGACCGGUGCUUCCGGCUCCCGAGAAGUUCACUGGCACAAUUGUCAAGUUCAAUACAUGGGUGGCUGCUAUACGGGCGAAACUCAGAAUUGAUGCGGAGGCCAUCGGGGAUGCCCAAGCACAAUUCUACUAUGUCUAUCUGAACCUGGGUAGCCGCGUCCAAGCGGUAGUCCUCCCGCAGAUUGAGUAUGCUGAAACCUCCGGCAACCACGACUACAAUGCCAUCAUUCAUCAGCUCGCCAAUCUUUUCGAAAUCUCGAACAACGGUCACGAAGCGGAAGAUGGUCGUUCCUCAUAUCGAACUAAAGUACGAGAUCUAGCGGCUACUACGCAAACACGAAAUCCACUGGCAACGGCAAUGUGCAUGGCAAUACUCGUGAUCGGAUGGAUAAUGGUGUUGUGGGGAUGA